AAAUAGCCAGAGUUUCCCUCCUACUUAGUUCGUCCGCCGGUUGCACGGAGGGAGCUUUGGUAUCUGUACCAUGUCUUCCAUGGGGACUCUGGAAUUUGACGAAUAUGGCCGUCCUUUCCUCAUCAUCAAGGACCAAGAGCGCAAGUCUCAUCUUAUGGGACUGGAGGCACUCAAGUCUCACAUAAUGGCGGCUAAGGCUGUAUCAAAUACAAUGAGAACAUCACUUGGACCUAAUGGGCUUGAUAAAAUGAUGGUGGAUAAGGAUGGUGAUGUGACUGUAACCAAUGAUGGUGCCACCAUUUUAAGCAUGAUGGAUGUAGAUCAUCAGAUUGCUAAACUAAUGGUUGAACUUUCCAAAUCACAGGAUGAUGAGAUUGGAGAUGGGACUACAGGAGUAGUUGUUUUGGCUGGUGCUUUGUUGGAAGAAGCUGAACAACUGCUGGAUCGUGGUAUUCACCCAAUCAGAAUAGCAUAUGGUUAUGAGCAGGCUGCUCGCAUUGCCAUUGAACAUUUGGACAAAAUCAGUGAAAGUUUUCCAGUUGAUGUUGGAAACACUGAACCCCUCAUCCAGACUGCAAAAACAACUCUUGGUUCUAAAGUAGUUAACAGCUGCCACCAACAAAUGGCUGAAAUUGCUGUAAAUGCUGUCCUGAUGGUAGCAGAUAUGAAACGAAGAGAUGUUGACUUUGAGCUAAUCAAAGUAGAAGGCAAAGUAGGAGGAAGACUUGAAAAUACUCAGCUCAUUAAGGGAGUAAUUGUGGAUAAGGAUUUUAGUCAUCCACAAAUGCUUAAAGAAGUGAAAAAUGCUAGGAUUGAAGUUCUUACUUGUCCAUUUGAUCCACCUAAACCAAAAACUAAACAUAAGCUUGAUGUUACUUCUGUAGAAGAUUACAGAGCCCUACAGAAAUAUGAAAGGGAGAAGUUUGAAGAGAUGAUUGAACAAAUUAAACUCACUGGUGCAAACCUAGCUAUUUGCCAGUGGGGCUUUGAUGAUGAAGCAAAUCAAUUACUCCUUCAGAAUAAGUUAUCUGCUGUCCGUUGGGUAGGGGGACCGGAAAUUGAACUGAUUGCCAUUGCAACGGGAAGGCGCAUUGUUCCACGGUUCUCUGAACUUACAUCUGAGAAACUUGGUUUUGUUGGUCUUGUGAAAGAGAUUUCUUUUGGCACAACAAAAGACAAAAUGCUCGUUAUAGAGAAAUGUCGGAACUCCAGGGCUGUGACCAUAUUCAUUAGAGGAGGAAAUAAAAUGAUCAUUGAAGAAGCAAAACGAUCUCUUCAUGAUGCUCUUUGUGUGAUCAGAAACCUAGUUUGUGAUAAUCGUGUGGUAUAUGGAGGUGAUGCAGCUGAAAUAUCUUGUGCUUUGGCAGCUAGUGAAGAAGUUGAUAAGUGUCCUUCUUUGGAGCAAUAUACUAUGAGAGCUUUUGCAGAUUCAUUAGAGGUCAUUCCCAUGGCCCUUUCUGAAAAUAGUGGUAUGAAUCCCAUCCAAACUAUGACUGAUGUACGGGCCAGACAAGUGAAAGAAAUGAAUCCUGCCCGUGGCAUUGACUGUUUGCAUAAGGGUACAAAUGAUAUGAGACAACAACAUGUGAUAGAAAUUGGCAAAAAGCAACAGAUUUCUCUUGCAACACAAAUGGUCAAGAUGAUUCUGAAGAUUGAUGAUAUUCGCAAACCAGGAGAAUCUGAAGAAUGAAAUCUUAAAUUGGAGGAAAAUGUAGUAAAGCUACUAUUGUGUUUAAGUGAACAGAAGUCAUGCGUUGGAACUACAGCUAUUUAUUAUUUUUUCCCUUUUCUGGCACUGUUUUUGCUAUAUGCUAAAGACAAUAAUAAAAUAGCUGUUUAAUAACUAUAACUUGUUUCAAAAACAUGUAUUUGUUGAGAGAUUGACACACAGCUUUUGUAUUUGUUAUAUUAAAGGGAUAUCUUUUGAAUUAGACCUUUAUCUGUUUCUCAAGUUUUAAGCAAAGCUCAUUAUUUGUAGCAGCAUCUAAAUGAGGCUUCAUUUGUGAAAGUGAAAUGUGGAAGUCAAAGGAAAGGGUGACAUUUUGCUAGUCAUUGAAUUGAGAUAUGUUAUCCUAACAGUUCUGGUCCUAGAUUCACUUGUUAUUCUUGCAUUUCUACAAACCUUGAGAGAAGACUAUAUGCUUCCCACUAUUCAGAGAAAUAUCCUUGGAUUGGGGCUGCUGAUUUCAAACUAUAUUCAUUUGGUUGAGAACUUAAUGGCAUGGUACAGUGGUUACAGUACAGUAUUUGCCAUCAUAUGAUAUCAAAGAAGCAUUUCCAGUCAUGCCUCUAGACUCCAGAGUUGAGAAUCCUCUCCCUUUGUUUCUCCUCCUCCUCCUCUCCCCAGCAUUCACAUAAGAAAGGUCAAAGUGCAUCUAUAGAUCAAGUUCCCAGUAGCACCUUCCAGAUACUGAGGUUCAAGAAGCAGACCUGAACUCAGGAAUUCGCUUCCAAUUUGGGUCACAUCUAGCAAAAUUUCAAGUGCACAUUCACCAAGGCAAAAGAGUAUAGUGCAGGGGAUUCACAAGAUCUUAGUAGCCAUCACUUCACAGCUGUCAGCUGGUCAGUAGCUUUGAUUUACAGAUCUGUGUAAGUACAAGUUCUGCUUGAUUGAUUAAUGUGUGUGUUCUGAAAAGUAAAUUACAUGAUGGAUAUGAAAGGGUUUUGAAAACAAAGAUGGUUUUCUUAUUAGAAAUAAACCCGAAGUGUAUAACAAUGAAAACUAGGAAAUAGUUAUGUAAAGGUAACUGAAGCCCUAGAUCUAAAAUGGUUCGUGUGAAAUUUGGUUUUUAAACUACAUUUAUUUUAGUUUUCAUGUUCUAGAUAUGUUUGGAGGUUUUUUGGUUUGGGGGGCAGAUGGUUAUUUGUAACAAUCAAAAGACAUGGUCCUGGAUAAUUAUCAUAAUAAACUUAAUUUUCAUUAAAAAAAAGAAAAAAGAAAAAUAGCCAACUUCUAGUUGUCUAUUUUCUUUUUUUAAAUAAAUGCCUUUUGUUUUUCUAUUACAUUUGUUUCUGAAUAUUCCUUUCCAACUCCUAUACUCAAACUUUCCUUCCAAAUUCAAUACAGCAAUCACUUAUGUGCCUUUCACUAUUCUAUGUGCUAGGAUUCAAAGGCAAAAAACAACAACCAGUUCAUGACAUCAAAAAGUGUAUAUUCUUUUGAGAGAAAUAACAGACACAGAUAAGUUGAUACAAAAUAUAUACAAAUAUAGAAAAUAUAUGCUACUAUAUGUAUUUGUAUACAUGCACAUAUUUAUAUUGUAUGUAUUUAUAAACAGGUAUAGGUAUGUAUGUAUGUAUGUGUAUAUAUAUAUAUAUAUAUAUACAUAUAUAUAUAUAUAUAACUAUAUAACUAUGUAGCUAUGUAGCUAACUAACCCUCCAGAGAAGAGGGUACUAGCAAUUCAGGGAAUCAAGAUAGGCUUCCUGUAGGAAGUAUCAUUUGAGUUGGACUUUGAAUUAAGCUAGAGUUCUUAUGAAUCAGAGGUGAAGAAAAGUAAGAGCUCAUCUUCAGGAGAAGGGAAUGGACUUGAGAUGUAUUUUGGAGCUAGAAUCAGAUAUCAUGACAUGAUUGAAUAUGAAGGUUGAUAGGCAGGGAAGGGAUAAGGAUAACUUUGAGUUUAUGAACCUAGGUUACUAGAUGGAUGGUGCAUAUGAGAUGCUGAAGGGACAUCUAGUUGCAGUUGUCCAAUUAGUAGUUGAUCAAAUGGACCUGUAAUUCAGACAAAAGACGGGCUGGACAUAUGGAAUCAUCUUCAUAGAGAUAAUUUUGGAUUCAUGAAGAGCUAUCACCAAGAAAGAAUGUAGAGAGACAAGAAGGCCCAGGGGUACAAAUAGAGUAUGUAUGGGACAAAGCUGAUGAUCCUGCAAAAGAUAUCAAGAAAGAAUGGCCAGACAGGUUGGAGAAGAACCAGAAAAGCAUAGCAUACUGAAAACUGAGAAGAGAGGAUGGCUAGCAAAAGUGAGUGGUCAAGGUGAGUGCUGUAGAAAGGUCAAGAUGAGAAAAGGCCAAUUGGAUCUGGCAAUUAAUAAAUAAUUUGAAAUCCUUGAGAGAGCAGUUAAAAUUGAAUGAUUACAAGGAGUUGAGAAGCAAAUGUGAGUCAUGAAAAUGAAGGGGCAGAAUAUAGGAUGUUUUUUUUUUAAAUGAAUUUGGCUAGGAAGAGGAGAUAGAGUGAUAAUUUGAGGGGAUGAUAAAAUCUUGUGAAGAUUUUUCAAGAGAUUGGGGAUAGGCAGUAAGAAGGAGUCGGAGAUCAAUAAGCAGAAAGGAGUGAUGAUAUAAGGAUAAGAUGCCGGAGGAGAAAGAUCUAUAUACAAAUAGAACAGUUGAUUUUUCAAAAGAAGACCUAUGUUUUUAUUUUUUAAUUAAAGGAGGAAAAGUCUAAAGAAAAAUAAUCAGUUCAGCAAAAGAAUAAAAACAUUGAGCAUGUUAGUGGUAUUUGCAGUAUUAUAUAAGCAAUGUUCCCAACCUCUAAAACAAAGAGAAGUAUGCUUCAGUCCCAUGAUGGUGACCCUAUGGCAUGUGUGCCAAAGAUGGCAUGUAGAGACCUCUCUGUGGGCACAUGUACUAGAAAGGCAGAGGGAUUCAGGUGGAGCUGCUCCUUUCCCACUCUUCAUCAUUGUGAUAGAUAUAAGAGAGGGUGAGUAAAUUUGACCGCAGAAAUAUGUUUCACUACAGUGUCUUGGGUUUUAAAAUCAAAUAUAAGGUGGUUGCCAGGGAAA